AUGAAUGAGAAGAAAUCGUUGCUGAGUGAACCACCUAUCAGUCGAUAUUCACUAGAGAUUACUAUCAGUCCAUAUUCACUAGAGAUUACUACAUUGCUGCCACUUCAAAUUUGGGGAUUCUGUAAUGGGCUGUUCUGCGUUCUCAGCGAACGGCCAGAAAGAGUUUACUUGUGGAACCCAUCGACUCGGACCUCCAAGAAACUGCCAGAAAUUUCUAGUCCCGGCUAUGUUCGUAGUUACGGAUUCGGUUGGGUUGAAUCGAGUGAUGAGUACAAGGUGUUUGUGCUUUUGGUUCAUUAUGAUUAUUAUCGAGGGAUUGAUAACUGGGUUGGUAAAGUUUAUAGUUCAAAGACAAAAUCAUGGAAAACAACCGGUUAUUUACCUGUAAGUUGGGAAAGAGGCGUGUUUGCAGGUGGGAAGCUUUACUGGAUGAGUAGUGUAUAUCAAGAUAUUAAUUUCUUGGACUUGAAAAGUGAGGUGUUUGGAAGGAUUGAGCUUCCCUUUGAUCACGAGUUUUGCAGGAAAUGGUACUGGUUUGUGGAUGUGCUUGGUGGCUUACUUUGUGUGCUAUGUCAUAUUGAACUUAAUAGCAAUGCCGUUCGAGUUUGGGUUAUGAAGGAAGAAGCUUGGAAGAGAGUGGCGACGUUUGCUCAUCUUGUUGAGCUUCUUCAACCAUCACCAUUGCUGGUGGAUCAUAAGGGAGAGAUUUUGGUCAAUUGUGGAUCCAUCUUGUUAGCUUACAAUCGUCAGGAUAAUGUGUUCCGCGAGCAUGAGGUUUACCAUUGCGGUACUGUACAUGUCUACGUUGAUGUUGAAAGUUUAGUCUCGCCUGAAGAUUUAUGA